AUGAAAGCCACUUUAGUGCUGGCCUGCCUUCUCGCGGGAGUCAUCGUAUCCCAUGCGGACUUUCUACCAAAACGCAUGGAUGCCAAUGCCUUCCGCAUGUCAUUUGGAAAGAGAAGCGUGUCGGCUCCACAGGAGAUCAAGAGAAUGGACCCGAACGCCUUCAGAAUGUCAUUCGGAAAACGAUCAGCCGAGCAGAAGAAAAGUCAGGAAGAGGUGGUGGCUUCUGAUGAGCUCUACGACGACUCCAAAUUUGAAGAGAUGAAGCGUAUGGACGCCAACGCCUUCCGCAUGUCGUUUGGCAAACGCUCGGCAUUUCCACCAGCCGACGAUCAAGUUGAGGAAACCGAUGAGGAGUACUCAUCUCCAGAACAAAAACGGAUGGAUGCAAAUGCCUUCCGCAUGUCAUUCGGGAAACGAGUCAAUCUUGAUCCAAACAGCUUCCGGAUGAGCUUCGGAAAGAGAAGUACUGUCGGGUACAACUUGGAUGCGCGGAACUACUUUGUCGGGCUGGGACGUCGUUGA